AUGUCCCACUGCCAUGACGAGCACGCUGGUCACGGCGACCACGGCCACGAUCAUGGCCACGACCACGAGCAUGACCACAGCGACGACAUCACGCCUGCGCUGCAGCACAAUUUGUACCAGUACAUCAACUUCGACGCCAUCAACACCAUGAACGAGGAGGCCACCGGCUCCGGGCGGGCCAUUGUGCAAAAGACCUGGGCCGAACGGCUGCAGGAGGAGCCGGAGCUUGCUAGUGAUGCCGAUGAGCAGAUCCUCAUGACUGUGCCAUUCACCGGGCAAGUCAAGCUCCACGCCAUCAUGCUGCGCACGUCCUCGUCCGACAGCGCCCCGCGCACGCUCAAGGUCUUCAUCAACCGCGACGACAUGGACUUUGAGUCCGCCGAGGAGCUGCGGCCCACGCAGGAGUUUGAGCUCUCGCAGACGUCGCAGGUGCAGGAGCUACCCGUGAAGCGCGCGCUGUUCGGCAAGGUUCAGCGCCUGACGCUCUUCUUUGUGGACAACUUUGGGGACGGCGACGAGGAUGUCACUCGCGUCAGCUACCUGGGGUUCAAGGGCGAGUGGAUGCAGCUUGGCAGGGCGCCGAGCCAGAUCUUGUACGAGGCGGCGCCGAAUCCCAAUGAUCAUGCGCUCAAGGGGACGAGUCUGAAUCAGAUGGGCAGUGGUAUUGGCGGAAGAGCAGGUCUGCUGGUAUCGAGUCCCAGCUGUCACCCUCGCGGAGCCGAAGCCAACGACGGUCUGAACGAGACGAGCCAAUUCGACAAUCACGACAUCUCGACACGGCACCAGCAACCACCAACGACCGGCCUCACACUAGGCAGCGUCCGCGACCGAACCAAAGAGGCAUCCAGAAAGCGCCUCGCUCUCCCAUAUCACGCCCGGCGGCCGCAACUAGGCAGAGGGCAGCCUCACAGCCGACAAUGGCCCCUGCUCUGCCCACGCGGUGGGCGGCAGCGGCACUCGUCCGAAGCUGCUCGACACCCAGUCCUCAUCACAGAACACCAUGCGCUGCUGCCACGCACGGCCAAGCGCGGCGUGCAGUACGGCUGGGCCACAGCGCCUCCCCGCAGCAAGCCCAACCGCUUCAACCAGGUCUCCUCGGGCAUUCCCGCCCCGACGACAGGCCCGGCCGCCGCCCUCGCCCGCACUGCCCAGUCGACGCCGUUACGGCCAGGCGUCCUCGCCGUCAAGAAGGGCGUCUCGGCCAUGUUCGCGCAGGGCCGCCGCAUCCCCUGCACCAUCCUCCAGCUCGACCAGGUCCAGGUCGUCGCCAGCAAGACCCGUGCCACCAACGGAUACUGGGCCGUGCAGGUCGGCUGCGGCCACAAGACGCCCGGCAACGUGACGGCCCCUCAGCUCGGCUACUACGAGGCCAAGGGCAUCGCGCCCAAGCGCCACCUCGCAGAGUUCAAGGUUCGCGGCGAGGAGGGUCUGCUGCCCGUAGGUGUGCAGCUCCAGCCCGACUGGUUCAAGGUCGGCCAGUACGUCGACGCGCGGAGCAACAGCCGCGGCAUGGGCUUUGCCGGUGGUAUGAAGAGGCACGGUUUCGCCGGUCAGGAGGCGUCCCACGGUAACUCCAAGAACCACCGCACUAUCGGUUCCAACGGUCCCAGUCAGGGUGGUGGUUCUCGUGUGCACCCAGGCAAGAAGAUGCCUGGCCGAAUGGGCAACGAGCGGGUGACGGUACAGAACCUCGAGGUACUCAAGGUGGACAACGAGAUGGGCAUCGUGGUCGUCAAGGGCCAUGUUGCUGGGCCCAAGGGCUGUAUUGUCAAGAUUGCAGACGCCAUCAAGAAGCCCCCGCCGGCCGAGACAUUCAUUGCCAAGGCGAGACGGAUCUUGCUGGAGCGGAAUGAGGGCCACGAAGCCAGGUUGCAGGAGGCACGGGUAAAGCACUUGGAGCUCAAGGAUAUGCGCAGGGUGGGUGCGUUUGACCAGAUGCUGGCUACAGCGUGA